CUCCACCCCCUUUUUUUUCUCUCUCUCUCUCCUUUACAGAGCAACGUUUAGUGGUUCUGGAGACACACACACAUACAUAUGUAUACAGACGCACAGAGAGAGGUUGUUUCCUCCCCACACGCACACUUUUUACCAGGAACGCAGAAGAAAAAGCACAACUGUGUGUGUCUCUGUGUGUGUGUCAUCUUUGGGGGAAAAACUGUUGAACGUCACACGUUUUCUCCCCCAUCUCCAUCCCCCCCCCUUUUUUUUUUCCCCCUCCUUCACAGAGCAACGUUUAGUGGGUCUGGACACACACACACGUACAUAUGUGUGUGUGUCUGUCUGUGUGUGUGGUCCAACCGUUAUCACAGCGAGAGUCAAAGAAUAAGUUUUUAUUCAGGAGAAUGGGAAAACGACCCCCUACAUGAACUGGUGUCCUUGGAUGAAAAUCUCUUGUAAGAUCCUUGAUCACUAAUCCAGGGCUUUGGGGCUAAAGAAGGAUCCAGAGUUGAGUGAGCAGAAAGAAAACUGCGGAUGUGUGUUUGCUAACCAUGAUGUAUUCCUUGCAUAACACCUGCAGACGAACAAUUGGAAAAAUAAAAUCAAGGAUGGGAAACCUGAAGAAACGGCGUUGUAUUAAGCUGCUGCUGCCAGGGUUUCUCCUCACUUCAUUCUGCUUUUACUUAAUGUACUUCAGAACCACCAUUGACCACAGAAGUCCCAAACAUCAAAGCCCAUUCUUGUGCCUUUCUGACAUCAGCCACAGCAAGGUGCCUGUUAAUGAGAAGACAAUAUUAAAAAUUCUGCCAUUCAGCUCAUUGACCGCUGAAAGGUACUUCCGAGCAACACUAAACAAUUUGAAAAGCUGCGAACUGCCAGCUUCAAUCAACAAAGUACCCUGCCUGAAAUGCAUUGUUGUUGGCAACGGAGCAGUCCUCCAAAAUAAGUCGUUAGGGAAACAAAUCGACUCCUAUGAUGUCGUUAUCAGAUUAAAUAGUGGCCCUGUGAUUGGGUACGAAAAUGAUGUUGGUAAUAAGACCACGUUUCGACUGUGUUACCCGGAGUCGAUCAUUUCAGACCCCAGUCAAUAUGACGCCAACACCAUCCUGGUCUUUGUUCCCUUCAAGCCACUGGACUUGCGGUGGUUGGUGGACGUUAUCGUGAAGAAUAAAGUGUCUGAUCGAGGUUUCUGGAAAAAGCCACCUGCAAGUAUAAUUUACAGAAAUAAUCAGAUAAGGAUAUUAAACCCAUCGAUUGUAAAACGAGCGGCUUUUGAUUUACUAAAACUACCCAUGGAUAUCCCCAUUGAAAAGCCACCUCAGUACCCAACAACUGGAAUAAUUGCGAUAUCGAUGGCACUUACCAUGUGCAAUGAAGUUCAUGUAGCAGGCUUCAAAUACGACUUCAUUAACAUGAAUAGCACGUUGCAUUACUACAGCAAUGAUACCAUGUCAAGCAUGGGCAAGAUGCUGUACCACAAUAUUAGUGCUGAACAAAUCCUUUUGAAGCAGUUGAAAUCCUCGAACACUGUGUUUGAUUUAACUGGAAACUUCUGAACCGAGCCUUGCUGUUGGAAUGUUUACGCACCCUGCCUUGUACCAAACCCCUCUGGUACUGUGAACUGCUGGCCACAGUACCCUGUGCUAUCCAGAUACUGCAUUAACGUCAGGGAAACAAACCAUUAGUUGUGCUUAGCACAGGAGACCUCAUAAAUACUUGUGUGAAAUAGCUUAUGCAAGUCUGAGCUACGUCCUAGGAAUGGAAUAUGCUCCAGAUGGUUGGGGGGGUCACUCAAACACUGUCUUAACACUGGUUGAAGAGAUAGCCCUUAUCAUGGAGACUAUUCUAUAAAUUUAUAUAAUAUUUUGUAUAUUAUAUAUUUGAUCGACUUAGAUGUUCCUUUAUUUACUAUUUACUGUCACCAACAAAUGGUUAGUUUGGAUGAGUUCCGAAGUUAUAAAAGAGCAGAGUGAAUGAAUAUAUGGAUAUAUAUAAAUAUUAUAUACACACACACCUACACACACGUAUGCACUUGAAUUCAUAAUGACAGGUAAGCUUCAAAUCUGUAUUUUUCACGUGACAGGAAGCUUGAAUGAACAGGCAAAGGUUAUUGACAGCUAUUGUUUUGAUGUUGACUUUGUUCUUUUGCGCCGGUGAAACCAUGAAUUGUUGAAGCCAGUUCCCCCGAAGGGGUAGCUUCAGCAGACUAAUAAAAGAAGCUACGAUCACACAAAUUGUCAUUUAAGCAAUGAUUUAGUUUCUCCGCUGGUGCUGGCUCCUUUUGCAUGUGCUGAAGUGGCUCUCACUCUGCCGAAACUCUCGCUUUCACGUGGAUGUUCUGCGACAAUCGGAUAAGCUACUUUUCACCACUCCUGGUGGAACAUGUAGAUGACUUAUUUAUCUGAGGUGGGUGAGGCUCAGGGCCUGGCAUGCAGUGGGAUCGGAAAUCCAAGCCGGACAAAUGAGAUUUCCUCCCAGCACCGUGAUGUACACUAACUGCAGUCCAAUGCAAUCUGCAACCGAAAUGGAGUUCCCGAAAUGGUCACCCUAUAGUGAGGAUUUGCCCUUAGCUUUCCUUGUGCUCCUGUCACUUCGGAGGAUGCAGAGAGAGGAACCCUUGUGUUGCCAUUACUGUGGAUUUUGUUGUAAAUCAAUUAUGAACAGCAUGUUUUCCUGCUGAUUUAGAUUGUCGAGGGAUCCUUUUGAUCCAUAAAUGAUUUGGGGGGAAAACAUGUUAUUUUAAAAAAAACAUGAUUAAAAGUUUAUUUACUGAUGGAAAAAA